UAUUUUGUUAUGAUGCACUCAUUUUGUAGCCUGCCAAUAGGUAUCAUAGUCCUGGCAAAAAGCGGUACCUACUACUUGUCUGUUGGUUACAAAUAAUUAUUCCAUCACGUAUCAUCUCUUCAGUGCAAUUUGAAAGAGACGCUAUGGUUCAAAUCACUGGAAAAUACAAGCUUCAGAAAUGCGAAAACGCCUCCGAAUUUACCAAUGCCAUAGGCGUUCCGGCCCAUGCCGACAAAUUGUCAGAUCCGGGACUAGAAGUGAAUGUGACUUUAGACGGAAAAGUAUAUACCUUUGAUUAUGGAUUUACCAGAUUUCGGGUCAUGUUGGAUCAGGAAUGGAUAGAACCUCUAAUAGCAUGUCCAGUGAAGCUGAAGAAUACUGCGAAACUUGACGGAAACACUCUGACUGUGUCUACGACUGCGGAUGAUGGUCGAUAUGGAACCAGGGUUUACGAUUUUACCCAAAAGGGAUUCGUGCAAACUCUUACCGUUAUGAAUGUAACAGCUAAACGUCAUUUUGCAAGAGUUAACUGAGAAGCUAUUCCGGUUACUGCGUACGCUUUUGUGUCUGUUGUGUUCCCUUGGCAAUAUUUCAAAUUUGUGCCCAAUUUAAUCACCCAGUGUACUAAAAUUUUAAUAUUAUAUUUGUUAAGUACUCAUUUAUAAACAAUAAUAACCGUAAAUAGUUAGUUAUUAAAUAUUAAUCUCAAACAAAUGUCUAAAAUAUGUUAUGUUAUGCAUGUGA